AUGAAUAUCUUAAGAAAUAAUCGUCAUUUCCUCAAGUCGUUGGUCUUUCAACAGACCAGAUUGUCAUCAUCCGCCAGACUGGACAGGGCCACUCUUACCAUUAGAAACGGCCCCGUCUUUGACGGUUACUCUUUUGGUGCCAACAAGAAUAUCAGUGGAGAAGCUGUCUUCACCACCUCCUUGGUUGGUUACCCAGAGUCGAUGACUGAUCCGUCCUAUAAGGGACAAAUGAUCUGCUUCACUCAACCCCUGAUUGGAAACUACGGUGUCCCAUCGGGAAAAACCAGAGAUGAGUUCAAUCUGCUGAAGUACUUUGAAUCUCCUCGUAUUCAAUGUAUCGGUAUUAUCGUUAGUGAUGUUGCCUUGCAGUAUUCUCAUUGGACAGCUGUCGAAAGUUUGAGUCAAUGGUGUAAAAGAGAGGGGGUCGCUGCAAUUACUGGAGUUGACACCCGAGCAUUGGUCACCUACCUGAGAGAACAGGGUUCUUCGUUAGCUAGAUUGACCGUUGGUGAAGAGUAUGAUGCUGAUGAAGACGCUGCUUUCGAAGAUCCUGGAUCGGUCAACUUGGUCCACAAGGUCACCACCAAGGCUCCGUUCCACGUCCCAUCUCCUAAUGCCAAGUACCAUGUUGCUGUAAUUGAUUGUGGUGUCAAGGAGAACAUCUUGAGAUCCCUGGUUUCCAGAGGAGCUUCGAUUACCGUUUUGCCAUAUGACUACCCAAUUCAAAAAGUUGCCAGCAAAUUUGACGGAGUUUUUAUCUCUAAUGGCCCAGGUGACCCAACCCAUUGCGCUAGCACUGUUCAAAACUUGAGAGAACUGAUGCAACAGAAUCUGGAUCUACCAGUCUUUGGUAUUUGUCUGGGCCACCAGUUGUUGGCAUUGGCUAGUGGAGCUAAGACCAUCAAAUUGAAGUACGGUAACAGGGCCCACAACAUUCCAGCUUUGGACUUGACUACUGGUAAAUGUCACAUCACGUCCCAAAAUCACGGAUACGCUGUCGAUGCCUCGACUCUACCUUCCGACUUUAAGGAAUACUUCAUUAAUUUGAACGAUCAAUCCAAUGAAGGGCUGAUCCAUGAUUCUCGUCCUAUCUUCUCCACUCAGUUUCACCCUGAGGCUAAAGGUGGACCCUUGGACUCAAGUUACCUGUUUGACAAGUACUUUGAUUUGUUGGCUGAGUACCGCCAAAAGUCCAACGACCCAAGUCACUUAAAAGUAGAUGAUCUUUUGGUUGACAUUCUGCCUAAAGUGAGAGUUGUGUAG